AUGUUGUGUUCAGUUUUAUAAAUGGCUUGCCGUUAUGUGUUUAUAAUUGGGUUGGGUUUCUAAUACAAAAAAUCGAAUAAAUAUCAUAAAUAUAAACUUCUAAAACCAUUUCAAUUGAAAUAAGUUUUUUAACGAAUUAAAUGAUUUACAUUUUGUGUUUAAUUUAAGUGUGUGUGCGUGAAUUACAAUUAUGGGGUGUGCAGUUAGUACAUCGGGUGACAAAGAAGCUACCGAAAGAUCGAAAAAAAUUGAUCGAGAUCUAAGGGCCGAUGGAGAACGAGCCGCAAGUGAAGUUAAAUUAUUAUUAUUAGGUGCCGGCGAAUCUGGUAAAAGUACAAUCGUAAAACAAAUGAAAAUAAUCCAUGAAGCUGGUUAUUCCGAUGAAGAAUGUGUACAAUAUCGUCCGGUUGUCUACAGCAACACAAUACAAAGUUUAAUGGCAAUUAUACGUGCAAUGGGACAGUUACGUAUCGAUUUUGCAGAUCCAAGUAAAGCAGAUAUUGCACGACAAUUUUUUACAUUUGCAUCGGCAGCCGAAGAGGGUGUAUUAACGCCAGAAUUAGUUAUGUUAAUGAAAUGGCUGUGGCAGGAUGCUGGCGUACAACUAUGUUUUUCACGAUCACGUGAAUAUCAAUUAAAUGAUUCUGCGGCUUAUUAUUUGAAUGCUUUGGAUCGUAUCUCACAACCAAAUUAUGUACCAUCACAACAGGAUGUGCUUCGUACACGUGUCAAAACUACUGGCAUUGUUGAGACACAUUUCUCAUUUAAGGGUCUCAAUUUCAAAAUGUUUGAUGUGGGUGGACAACGAUCUGAACGAAAAAAAUGGAUACACUGUUUUGAAGGUGUCACAGCGAUUAUAUUUUGUGUUGCAUUGUCCGGUUAUGAUUUAGUGCUGGCCGAAGAUGAAGAAAUGAAUCGUAUGAUUGAAUCAAUGAAAUUAUUUGAUUCAAUAUGUAAUUCAAAAUGGUUUGUGGAAACAUCAAUAAUAUUGUUCUUGAAUAAAAAAGAUUUAUUCCGGGAGAAAAUCACACGAAGUCCGCUCUCUAUUUGUUUCCCAGAAUAUACAGGUCCAAACACUUAUGAAGAAGCAUCAGCAUAUAUAGGAAUGAAAUUUGAAAAUUUAAAUAAACGAAGGGAUCAAAAGAAAAUUUAUACACAUUUCACUUGCGCCACAGAUACUGAUAAUAUUCAAGUGGUAUUCGAUAUUGUAUCUGACGUAAUUAUACAAAAUAACUUAAAAGAUAUUGGACUCUGUUAAAAACACCAUAAAUUUACAAAAAAAUUAUUUCAAAAAAAGCUUUCCAUUUUGACAGUUAACAAAAUCAUUUGAAAUCUCGAAUAUUGCGAACAAAAAAAAAAAGAAU